AUGGUUUCCAGUGGCGGCGGAAGUGCUGAAUGGGCCGCAUCAAUUGGCGGCCACGGUGGAGGUUUAGUUGGUGCAUCAGGUGUGAGUGACUGCAGACAAGGAAUUAUUUGUCCUGAUAUAAUUUCAAGUGGUGGAACACAGAUAUCAGGUGGUAUUGCCACAAAAAUCGGAAGAUUGGGAGGCUCAGAUGGACAGUUUGGAAUUGUAUCAUUACCUGAAAUUUCAUCUGAUCAUGGUGGAAUUGGAGGAAAUGGAUAUUGGAGCGGAGCCACUCUCAAUUUUACAGGAGUUGGAGGAGGAGGAAGUUCAUUCGUAUCAGGAUUUCCGAAUUGUAUAGCAUUAAAUAGUUCUGAAAAUGAAAAUCCAAGUGAAACGAAUUCUUCAGUACAUUAUUCUGGGAUCUCUUUUAUGAGCCCAUCAAUGCAACAAGGAAACACAACAAUGCCUCUGUAUUACAAACGAAACUCAAUCGGAAUUGGAAACAGAUCUCGUGGCGCCAUCAGAAUUACGAUUCUCAAUUAUAUUCCUUCAUGUAAAAAUUCAUUCUAUUCUUUUAAAACCUCUAAUAUGUUUGUCUUUAUUUUGAUAAACGAUAUUUGA